AUGCUUUCCCCUUCCAUGCACACAACCAGUAUCUUACAACUCUGCCCUACAGCGGCCCUCAGCGCCUAUGGCCUCUAUCUGGCCUACCAAAACAUCACGCGGCUGCAACAAUACGAGCAGAAGAGUGAAAAAGCAGCAGAAUGGUCCAAUACGGCGGCCCAGAAGCUGCACAAGACGCGCACUACACAGGCGACAGGGACCUUGGCUCUAAUCUCAAGCCUCACAUGCUCCAUGCUCGUCCUUGUGCCCAGCUUCAGCUCGACUAGGGUGCUCAUUGGCGCUGGAGUGGGCAAUAGCGUCGCAGCAUACCUGGCAUAUGUGCACAUGGCUGGCUACUGGAACGAGCAGACGCAGACGCGGAUUCCGUUUGUGCAAGGGUUUAAUGAGGCGAUACGAGGUAGCGAGCAGGUUGUCGUCUUGCUCAAGACACUAAGCUUGGCGUGGAGCGUGGCUAGCGCCGUGUGGGUGGGCAUGGCGAAUGGAGCGUCGGGCCUGCUGGGUUUGGCCGUCUGGGGGCUGGUCGUUGGAGGACGUGUUAUGGUGGUUGCGCCACAAAUGGGGUGGAAGACUCGGGCGUGA